AUGUCGCCACCCGAGAUGAACUACGAAAUCCACGAUAAGGAACUCCUGGCGAUUGUUGACAGCUUUGACCGCUGGAGGAUUUACCUUGAAGGCGCCAAACACAGGAUUGAAGUCUUUUCCGACCACCAAAACCUGGCCUACUUCACCCAUGCGAAGGUCCUCAAUCGCCGACAAGCACGUUGGGCCAUGCAGCUAGCCAACUUUUGGUUCAUCAUCAACUACCGACCGGGUCACCUCAACGCUAAAGCCGACGCCCUUUCCCGUCAGGAAAGUUUCAAACCUGAGAAGGAAGAGAGGGGGGGGGGGGGGGGGGGGGGUGAAGACCAGCCGAUCACGUCGGUCUUGCAAGAAAAGCACUCCGCACACUCUGAGGGAAGCAAUUUCCUCUUAUCCAAAGAAAGGCUCUGCAGUAUUUCGACCCCUCGAUGGAACGAUGAGUUUAUCAACCAACUGAAGGAAGCAAGGAAAUCAGACUCCGCCUAUCUCGAACAGCUCAACAGGGACGAACCUGAUAAGGAUUACGAGAAGCUUGACGACCUCCUGUAUCGAAAGAAUCGCCUUUGGGUCCCCGAGGCCCUGCAAACAACGGUCGUCUCCUCGGAGCACGAUACCAAGAUCGCAGGCCACAUGGGAAUGGAUAAGAUCAUGGAACUGAUCACCAGAAACUUUUGGUGGCCAAAGAUGGAAGAAUCGGUCCGUCAACGGAAGAAAACAGAGGACCUCAUCAGGAUUUUUGCCCGCUCUUAUUGGCGACUACACGGAGUACCCUUGGACAUUAUUUCCGACCGCGACUCAAGGUUUACAGCCCACCUCUGGAUGGACUUCCUGAAGCUCGUCGGCAUCAAGAGCCGUAUGAGCACGGCGUUCCAUCCCCAGACUGACGGCCAAACCGAGCGGCUCAACCAGAUCCUUGAGGUUUACCUUCAUGCCUCCGUCAACUACGAAAUGAACAAUUGGGAAGACUUGCUGGCCAAUGCCGAGUUCGCAUGCAACAAUACCAUCUCUUCGUCGACUGGCAUCUCCCCGUUCUACGCCAACUACGGUUAUCACCCUGCUUCACACAACCCCCCUGACGGCGCUCCUCGUAACCCUGGAAGUCGUCUUUACGCCCACUGGAUGACCCAGGUUCACGAUCACGCCCAGAAACAUCUCGACCGCGCCCGUCAGAGGAUGAAGGAGUGGGCCGAUAAGAAACGAACGGAGGCACCGGUCUAUGAGGUGGGACAGUUGGUUAUGUUGAACGGUAAGCACAUCAAGACCAAAAGACCCUCGAAGCUUGACAGGAAACUCCACGGCCCCUUCAAGAUAUCUCAGGUGAUUUCCCCUACCGCUGUCCGUCUUACCUUACCCAAAUCCUGGCGUAUCCAUGAUUCCUUCCACGUCUCUCUCCUGGAACCCUAUCGCGCUGGCAAUUAG